GACACACCCAUAUACCUUACACAGUUCAUUUCAGCGUCAUUCAUCGUGUUACUUUUUACAACAAAGGAUACGCAUCCCAGGGUCGUGAACAGAACUCACAAAAAUGCUAAGUUCCGGAAUCGCGGCUAAGUUGCAGCAUAACCGUGACCGAGCUCAGGGCAUCGGCAGCCAUGAAAAAGCGGUGAAAUUCCUGGAGCAAGAUUUCAAGGCGCUCAGACAAGAGUGCCUGAAGAGUGGAAAGCUGUUCGAGGAUGAUGCUUUCCCGGCGGAUCCGGCAUCCCUCGGCUACAAAGAACUGGGACCGAAAUCCGCGAAGGUGCGUGGCAUCACCUGGAAACGUCCUAAGGAAUUAUGUCCCAGUCCACAGUUCAUCGUUGGCGGUGCCAUCAGGACAGAUAUCUGCCAGGGCGAGCUGGGGGACUGCUGGCUUCUCGCCGCUAUCGCCUCUUUGACUCUGAAUGAGCAAGUGCUGGCUCGCGUUGUUCCACAUGACCAGAGCUUCCAGGAGAACUAUGCUGGAAUCUUCCACUUCCAGUUCUGGCAGUUUGGCGAGUGGGUGGACAUGGUGAUCGAUGACCGGCUUCCCACCAGAUACGGGGAGCUGCUGUUUGUCCACUCAGUAGAAGGAUCUGAGUUCUGGAGCGCCCUGCUGGAGAAGGCCUACGCCAAGCUGAACGGCAGUUAUGAGGCUCUGUCAGGGGGGAGCACGACGGAAGGAUUUGAGGACUUCACUGGGGGCGUCACUGAAAUGCACGAGCUAAUGAAGCCAAACCCCAACCUCUUCAAAAUUAUCCAGAAAGCCCUGCGCAGGGGGUCCCUCCUGGGCUGCUCCAUCGACAUCACAAGCUCAGCGGAUUCGGAGGCCAUCACGACCCAAAAGCUGGUGAAGGGCCAUGCGUACUCUGUGACCGGCGCAGAGGAGGUGAGCUACCAAAGAGCUACGGCGAAGCUGAUCCGUAUCAGGAACCCCUGGGGACAGGUUGAGUGGACAGGCGACUGGAACGACAGCUCCGCUCAGUGGAGUCAAAUCAGCGAUGAGGACAGAGUGAGGUUGACCAACCGAUCUGAGGAUGGAGAGUUCUGGAUGUCCUUCUCCGACUUCCUGCAACACUUCUCCCGGGUAGAGAUCUGCAACCUCACCCCUGAUGCUCUUUCUGAGGAGGACACCAAGAAAUGGAGCCUGUCCAAAUUUGACGGGACCUGGCGGAGAGGCUCCACCGCUGGGGGGUGCAGAAAUUAUCCAAACACCUUCUGGACAAACCCACAGUUUAAGAUUAAGCUGGAAGAAGAGGACGAUGACCCUGACGAUGAGGAGGUCGGCUGCAGCUUUGUGGUGGGCCUGAUGCAGAAGAACCGACGCCGCCUGAGAAGGAUGGGGGAGGACACGCUCACCAUCGGCUUCGCCAUCUACGAGGUCCCUCUGGAGUUUGUGGGCCAAAGGAAAGUGCCCCUGAACCGGAACUUCUUCAUGCAGCAUGAGUCCAAGGCUCGCUCUGAAACUUUCAUCAAUCUGCGGGAGGUGUGCAGUCGCUUCUGUCUGCCCCCUGGGGAGUAUCUUAUUGUACCCUCCACCUUCGAGCCCCACCUGAACGGGGACUUCUGCCUGCGCAUCUUCUCCGAGAAGCAGACUGAGUUUCAAGAAAUGGACAAUCCCGUUGAGUCAAACGUGGGAGAGAUGGAAAUAACUGAAGAGAAGAUUGAUAGUACAUUUAAAAAUCUAUUUGGGAAAUUGGCUGGAUCUGACUGUGAAAUCUCUGCCUUUGAACUAAGGAGAAUUUUGAAUAGAGUGGUGUCCAAUCGGAAGGAAGUCCGGACAGACGGGUUUAGCCUUGAAACGUGCCGCAACAUGGUCAAUCUUUUGGAUAAAGAUGGAAGUGGAAAGCUGGGCUUUUUGGAAUUCAAGAUUUUGUGGAGCAAAAUUGAAAAAUACAUGGCAAUCUACUGUCAGAAGGAUACUGACCAUUCAGGCACCACAAGCUCCACAGAAAUGCGUUUGGCGGUGGAGGAAGCAGGUUUCUUGCUGAACAACCCUCUGCACCAGAUCGUGGUGGCCAGAUACAGUGAGGCUGACCUGACCAUCGAUUUUGAUAAUUUUGUGGGGUGCCUGAUCCGCCUUGAGGCCAUGUUUAAAAUAUUUAAAAGCCUGGACACAGACAAUUCUGGAAUGGUGAGCUUUAACUUUGCAGAGGUAAGUCAUCCGAAGUUGGCCUGCUAGUACUGGGCAGCGUAGCACAAAAACUGUUGAUAAAUAGCAAGUGAAGCAGCUUCAAAACUGAAAUCUUGCAAAUAAUGUUUGUGGCUGCAUUGUCUGAUAGAUAUUUCUGGUUUAUGAGUGUUGCUUUUGUCUCCCUCUAGUGGCUGACUUUCACUCUACUCUAAAGCUUCAAAGAUGGAAGUCUUCACAGUCUCCACCUGCAGUAUAUUAAGAAUAAUUAUGCAGGAAUGCAAUAGUAAUAUAGCAUUUGAAACAAUACCAGUUAUAUAAUGGUUUUAUUUAGCGUACAUGUGUUUUGGGAUUUUAUCAUUGUAAUUAUCAUUAAAAUAAUAUUUAGCCCAAUUAAAAGAAGACUAUAAAAUGUUGUGCCGUAAAAGGAGGCAAUAAAACUUCAGUUAUGAAAAUGA